UUGUCGCACGGUGCGCGGCACAAGUUAGGCCCCACUGUUUUCCGGGGGGUCAGUGUGCUCCCCUCGGCAGAUUCCUAGCAUUCCUCGAACCCUUGAGCAGAAAAAAACUGUACCAGCGGCUUGAACAAUUGUGUCCAGAUGAGCCCCUUUACUAUCGCCACCAAGCGACGCCACAGCUGUCGAGGCGAUUAGGAAAGUGGGCAAGAGUGACAGCUCCAUCGACCUCAAGAUAACGGUGUUCAUGUUGGGUACCCUGGCCACCCCUAUCUCGGGCAAGUCUCCUUCCUUGGACCCAGUCCCCACCCUGAAAUGCAGUAGAACUGUCAACCAGAAAACUCAACCCCUUCCCGUGGGGAAGAUGGAUGCUGAAGUUUCAGAUAAUAAUAAAAAACAGCCAGACAUGUUGUCUUCAGAAGAAGUGGAUGCAUUAGAAGGCAUCAAUCGCCGAUUCCAGGAGUUAAUGAGUGAUCCUGAAAUCCUCAAUGAGGCUGCAAAUUUUUUAGUUGAAGAUCUGAUUGAUGAAAUGACUAUAGGAAUAGUUUUUGAAGUUCACCGUUCUGCCAAGUUGGGUGUUCUUGAUCCUGAGGCAGACAUGUCUGGUGAAGACAUCACUAAGUUCAAAAUAAUAGAUGACCCUGGCUUGGAUGUUUUUGGCCAGCCGCCUGUCAUAAAAAAAUUUCAAGACUGUAUCUGUCCGAGCUGUAACAGGGGUUUAGCAGCCUCCAGGUUUGCGCCUCAUCUUGAGAAGUGCAUGGGAAUGGGCAGGAACAGUAGCCGUAUUGCUAGCAGGCGUAUUGCUAACAACAGUAAGGAAACAAGUGCUGUUGUGAGUGAAGAUGAAGAUGAUGAAUGGACUAUUGGAGGUGACAGGCGGCGGAAAAAACGGGACCGCAGCAAUGGGAAUGCAAAGAAACCAUCGAAGAGUCUUAAAUCAGAUAGAAGAAAUGGUGACUCAAAUAGUUCCUUUGGGGGCUCUGUGUCAGAGAGCCUUGGUAGUUCUUCUGGCAACAAUGCAUCUUUUGAUGCUAGUAGUGCAGCUCUAGAAGCCAAGCGACCUGAUGAAAGAAGAACCUUACUGUCAAAUAUUUGUGGUGUAAUAUCAGAGCACACUAGAAAGUUGUGCACGAGGUCUCUUCGUUGUCCACAACACUCUGAUGAACAACGUCGUGCUCUAAGAGCGUCUGUUCUUGUAGAUGAAACCAAUUUUCAGUCAGAAAUCCCUGAAGUACAGGUUAAUGUGGAAUCUCUUGGUCUUGAUCCAGAUGAUCUGCUUAGUGGUCUUGGAGGUGGUGUGGGCUCUUUAGGUGGUUUAGGCAUGGGGUCUCUCAGCCGUGGAAGCUGGGAAACAGAACGCUCAAAUGCCUCUUCUCCUGCUGAUUCAGUUUCUGUCAGCUCUUCUACAUCUAGCAAAAAGCGUGAGAAAUCAAGUCCUGGAAAAAGUAGCAAUCAUAAAAAGAAAAGUAAACAUUCAUCUUCACAUGAGCUGUAACUGUUGCAGCCAUAGAUGCCAAUUUUGUUUUACUUAUGUGCAUAAUUUUUGUUUCAUAGGCCAGUGUGAACUGUUCAUUGCUUCCUGGUUAUAUUCAUUUUAUAUCCUCUUUUGAGCUAAAAGUUUUCAAUUUUUAAAGGCUUUUGCUUUUGUUUGAGAAAGGAACAUAAAAAGCUCCUAGUUAAAUAGAUGUGUAAGCUGAUUUUGAUACAGAAAUUAUCAAUUAUUUCAAACCCUUCUCCAUUCUUCUUAAAUUUAAAAUCUGAAUGGUGAGUUGUUAAAAAUGUUGUUGAAAAGUUAGACAUCAAUUGGAAAAGAAUGAAGUUACGUGUCUUCUACGAAUUCUUCCCAUUUGUGUACUGAGUAUGACUGUGGUAGUGUAUUGUCUAGUUUGUGUGGCUUUUCAGUCUUAAACCUAAACCUCCUUAAUGUGAUGUAUAUACCAUUUACUUAAGCUCAAAUAUUGUUGCUGGGCAUGAAUAUUUCUUCAAAAUUAAGAUAAAUUCUGAUUUUGAAUGUCAAAUUUUUAAUGAAUGUUUAUGAUGCUCAUGCAUGCCAGUGGCCAAUGCUGUGUUGUAUACGUAAGGCACAGGAAAUCAACUUUACUACCUCUAUGGAUUUCAAAUGAAGAAAUUCAAUUGAUUGUGUAAAAGCUAUGAAAAUGUACGGUUCACAUCCUAGUAGUGAAUCAAUCUGGAAUGUGCUGGAAGACCAAUUUCAAAUGCUCUCAUUGCAAUUGUUGAAUUUAUUGGGUGAGGAAUCAACAAUCUUAUGAAGCAUGCGCCAUCUUAGGUCCAUGGUAAAAUUGCUGCCUGUGCAGCUAUGAGGGUGAAGCAUGCACAUUUGGCUAUGCUCCACACUCACAGCCCACAUAAGGAUGAUAAUAUUCAUCUGUCACCUAGAGGGACGUUAGUUGUGUGUAUUCUGUUCUCACUUUCAGUAAUAGUUGCUGCUUGUGAAAACAUUUUAUUUCUUACAGGGUCUUUUUCUUAAUUUUAAAAGCCUUCAGCCUUAAGUGUAUUGAUGCAUUCUAUUACUUUCCCGUUGUGUUAGAAGUAGUAAUGGAAGAACUGAAAUCUGGGAAGUAUUAUUCUCUGACAUUCUACAUUAUCUUAUAAUGUAGAAUCAAAUUCAAUGUUUGACAAAAACUGGAAUAUGAUAUUUGACAUAAGAGUAUGUUAUGAGUAUGUGAUUUAAUAACAUAGCUCAUGCUUAAAUUUUCAACAAAUUAGCUCGUCAAACAAUUGUAUUGGAAGUUGAGUUUUCAUUCUGUCUACCCAAACUGAUAUAUGGUUGAAAAGCCUUUGUGAUGUGAUCAUAUUAUGUAUAUUAUCAUACAUAUUAUCAAGUCGAAACUAAUUUAUGUAUCCUUUACCAUUCUAUGCUAUGUAUGAAAAGUGAAUUACAAGCAAAGAUUUUUUUUUGUUAA